CACCCGGCGCGCGCGUGAAUGGAGAGCCACUCAGUCACUCAGCGCGAGACCGCGAGAGAGAGAGAGAGAGAGAGAGAUCGGGAUUUUGUAUAACCGCUGUAACAAAAUGAUGUCGCUUUCACUGUCGGGCUGCUAAGAGUGAGCGGUAGCCCGAGAAACUGGUCGUAUAUGUGACCGGAAAGAAAGCCGAGGACCGGGUGAACUUGGCGAGUGAUGCGUUCGGUUUGAGCUCGAGCCUGUGUGUGUGAGAGCGCACGACGAGCGAUGCAACUUUCACAUGACAUGAUAAGCAACGGAAGGUGCUCGUGUCCUCGUGCCGCUUUCUUACACUGAUCAACUAAACGGAUUUCUUUCUAUCUUUCUUUCUCCCGACAAAGAGACAUGAGCGCAUUCACCGUAUCUUUGAUUUGACCUGAACAUGUGGAGAAGAAAGAAGAAGACAAUUAACUAAAGUGUCAUUCUAUUGCAUUGCAUUUUGGUUCGUGCGCCUGCUUUGAUCGCGUGAGGAAAGUUUUCAUUUUUAUUUCUUCUAGCAAGUUGGAUGGAAUGGCUCUGAAAGGCGGUGGACUAUACAGUCGGCUCGCACGGCGUGAAAUACGACGACUCCAUACCCGAUAUCUUUAAUAUCGCUUUAUUAUAAGCGUUAUUAUAAGAGUUUUUUCCCCCCUCUCACGUGAACGGAUUAUAUGCUGGACAUGAAGCACGCUGUAGGUUUGCGCUCGCGCGACGUCAGUGAGCUCAAGUUGACGCUGUGAGUUUGAAUGGAAACUGAUGAGCUCUGAAACACUGUAUUAAACUCGACUGAAGAUCGAUCGAAGAAUGCAAUUGUAAACUUCUUCAUGCACAUAAGAUAAGCAGCUAAGCACACAUCAUCUGAUCCUAUAUAAAAUCUCUUGUGAAGAGAAAGAGAAAGAGAGAGAGAGAGAGAGAGAGAGAGUGCACACACACACAGGCAGAUCUGUGAUUUGUUUUCGGAUUGGUUUGGAUUGAGAUUGAGAAUGAUGGACAGACACUGUGUGGUGUAUCAGAUGGAGUUGACACUGCUGAUGAUCUCCCUGCUCUUUUGGGUCACAGUUUGUACAGAUGACAGCAAGAUCAUUUCAGACAGAUAUGCUGUAUACUGGAACAGCACGAAUCCCAGAUUCGUACAUGGUGAGUACACGGUGGAGGUGGCCAUCAACGACUAUCUGGACAUCUACUGUCCGCAUUACGAGACGCCACUCCCUCCCGAGCGCAUGGAGCGUUACAUACUCUACAUGGUUAGCUACGACAGCUACAUCACCUGCAACCACCUCAUCAGAGGCUUCAAGCGCUGGGAGUGCAAUCGGCCGCUCAGCCCCAGUGGGCCGCUCAAGUUCUCCGAGAAGUUCCAGCUCUUUACACCCUUCUCGCUGGGCUUCGAGUUCCGCCCGGGACACGAGUACUACUACAUCUCGUCGCCACAUCCAAACCUUGCUGGAAAGCCGUGCUUGAAGCUCAGAGUGUACGUCAAGCCUACAAAUGACUCAGUGUACGAGUCGCCGGAGCCGUUUCUGACAGAUGACAGCAACAGCGGUCACUUCCUGUCCCCGUGUCUCUUUCUGAUGUUGCUCGCUCUCCUUGUGCUCUUCGGUUCCUCCUAGCACCGUGGCUCUUCACAGCGGAGCGCAUACACACACAAUACAUAUACACACACAAACACAAACACACACACACACACACACACACACACACACCUACAGACACACCUCCCAGUCCAGCAUGCAGCUUCGCACUGCUGAUUCUCCCUGAACAAAAAAAAGAAAAAAUAAUCACUCACCCCACCACUAAAUAUCCUCUUGUUGUCCGUUCAGUUCUUAACGCUGCAUCUUCAUCUGAUGAUUAAAGACUGCCAUUGAGAAAAGACUCAUUUAGGGGGAAAAUUAUAUAUGAAUUAUGAGAAAAGACUAAUGGGAAGGGAAGGGAAGGGAAGGGAAGGUGUUGCUUAUUCUGCCAUGCACUAAGUGAAGAUGGCUAAGUCUGCUUUAUGAUUGUGUUCAAAAGCAUCUGUAACAUCUGUGUGUUUGUCUCUACCGACAUGCCCCAAGUAGAAACCACCCGUCGAACCACCAUCGAUCCUGCGGAUGUAGUCACUGUACAGCAUUACUGCGCAGCAUUUAGAGAAAGAGUGCAUUUUGCUGGGCAUGUGUACCUUUCUCUGAGCAAUCCCCAGAGCCUUUACUGAAAAAAGAAAUAAAAUAUAUGGAGAGAGCAAUCUGAAGACAAAUCCAGGAAGUAACUUCAGUGUACUUCAGUAAAGAAAGUGGAUGGAGUAAAAAAAAAAUAAAGCAUUGCACACAGUUUCCAGAGAAACAGGAUGUUUUCGUGUUGGUUAUAAAGGACUUUUGUCAAAAAAAAAAAAAAAAAAAACUGUUUCUCUGGAAAGACUUUUUACUGCAUCCGUGAUACACUGGGUGACAAUUUAUUAGGAACACAUGCACAUUUUUUUAUUAGACUUCUUUAUUUUUUUUUUUUAUUUUGCAUCCAGUGGAAGAGGAGUAAUGCAUAAUAUCAAGAAGUCAACGUUCACAACAAACAUCAGAAUGAGGAUUAACGAUUCAGGGGGCGGGAUCUAAUGAGCUGCAGGCUAAGCUGCUGUUGAUGUUGCUAAUCAAGAAAAAGAGCAUGUAAAGUUUUCCAGUCAGUCCAUAUUAGCCUUAGAACUGUAAGGAAGUUCAUGUGUAAAGAGAGCUUAUUUGAAUGACCGUAGCCUUCCUGUCAGCUCAAACCUGCCUCUCAGUGUCUAACAUACUCAAACAAAGACACAUGGCACCAACAACCAGGUCAUGUAAAGAUGACAUUUUGCCCAUUCUGACAUCAAUAACCAUGUUAUGCCACAUGAUUGGCUGAUUGGAUAUUUGUAUAAAUGAGUAGGUGUUCCUAUUAAAGUGGCCGGUGAGUGUAUCUAUAACAAAACAAAAAAAGAGGAAGCGUUUUCUGUGAAUUUGCCAAAGACAUUAGUUGAAUUUUUUUUUUUUUUUUUUAGACUUCGAGAUCACAAGCAGCCACACGAUCACUGGAGGGGAGUUGCAUCAAAAUACCAUUUUUUAUUGCAGUCUUUUUUGCCGUACAAAAAGAAUGUUGUGUAGAUUAGAAAAUAAUAUUAACCAGUUACAAAAUGCCUUUUUUUUAUCACUGGUGCUCAGUCUGAAAGCAAAUCUGUCACUAAAGCUACAGUGCCAAGUGAUG